AUGCUAUACUCUCGCAGUAGCUCAACAAGACAACCCGGUCCAGUAUCGAUUAACCUGGACAAUCUCGAACAGCUGCAGGAUCGCUGGGCGAAGCAAUACGAGUCGUCCAAAUGCCCCCCUCCUCCUCCAGAGCUCAACUCACCCCGGUCACUUGCCGCCUGCAAACGUUCUGGGAUUAAUCCUUUCAAGGAUCUGCAAAAGCUAUCCCUUAUGCAGCACCUCCUGCGUCUAACGAACAAACUGCAGUUCGUCGAGGAAACGGUCGCCUCGCUUUCACAGCGGCUCGACCUGAAGAUGGCAUUGCAGACCGCCGUUCUGGCCUUCCAACACACCACAAUCGGGCUUGGUACGUCAAAGGAGAAGCUCGUCGCGUAUAUGGGCUUCUUAAAUCAGGAGGAGGUCCGUGUUGCGCGUUUAGAGGAGCUGCGGCGAGUGCGUCGUGAGAUAAUCGAGGAGGAAGCGAUGGGGUGUCGAGGCUCGCAGGAGGGUUCGGCGGCGGAUGAGAGCCCUUCCGGCGCGUUUUCACAAAUCCAACACCCAGACCGCUCGGAGGAUCACGGCAUCGUCGCUUCCGCGCAAAAAGGAGUGAACCCGUCGUUGGAUAGGUCACCCCAGACCCCUCGGGGGUUGACCGCCGGCUCGUCAAGCCUAGCAGCGGACGCCACCCUCCCAACUUACAUGGAGGUGGAUCACCAGUUCCCGUUGUCGCGGAAGCCUUACAUCCCGCGUGAUGCGAGGGCGCUGAACACUAAUUUCUUUGGCAAUCGCACUUUUAAGCCGCUCGAGGCGGUUAGCAACCCUUCCGGGGCGGCGUUGCUCUGCGCGGCGGAUGAGGCGUCGAGUUUGGGGGGGUUCCGUCCUCGACAGGGCGGCGUGCGGUCGGAAAGGGGGGUCGAGAUCGCCCGGACUUUCCCGGGCUCUGCCUCGCCUCAACCGGACGGGGAGGGGAAGAAGGACCCCACGGAAGGCCUCAGGGGUGUCCAAAAGCGGAGCGGGGUGGGAUCGACCACCUCGAGGACGGAACCAACCACCUCCUCGCCGACGUUACCUCGAGGGAAUCGCAGGCCCCCUCCCUCGGAGGAUGAAGGUUUGGUCAAGGGGACGCCCGAUGGUAGCGUAUCCGAAGCGCCCUUAGAUAAUAGUGUGAAGAAAAACACCACCUAUACACCUGUGAUUUACGGGAAGGAGUCGCAUGAGCCUUUGGUUUACUAUUGCGCGAAUCCAGAACCGCUGUUAACUUAG